CAGAGUAGAGGGGAAGGUCUGGGAGCCUGUGGAGCAUAAGGAAGAUCGCGGGAGGCGUGUUCCUCCGGAGUUUGCUUUUCCUUGGGAGCCUCACGCACACCCAUCUCCUCUAGUCUGGCAACUGUGUCUAGGAGGUGGGGAGCCUCUCUCUGAUCCAGGGGACCAUCGCCGGAGCUUACAGGCUGAGCAAGAUCUCCCCUAGAGAAGCCUGGCUGUCCGGGGAAGAGACUGUGCUGCAGCCCUGGUCACCCGCCACCCUGCGCGCCACCCUCGUUCUCCAGCCCAGGCUCUGUCUGGCCCGUGCGGGGACCUGGCGCUGUCUGCGUCCGUCCGAGGAGCUCUAAGGUGAAAAAAAGAAAGUCGUGAGACCAACAUAAUAAGACGUUUCUUAAAAUCCAGGUUAAGAUGGGUGUCUUUUGCCUUGCGGCGUACUUUUGGCUAACCAUGGUGGGAGGCGCAAUCGCUGACAAUCCGGAGAGAUACAGCGCUAAUCUAAGCAGCCACAUGGAAGACUUCACCCCUUUUCCGGGGACAGAGAUCAACUUUCUGGGCACCACCCAUCGACCUCCUAAUUUGGCCCUGCCUAGCAAUGGCUCAAUGCACGGCUAUUGCCCACAGCAGACGAAAAUCACAACAGCUUUCAAAUAUAUUAACACUGUGAUAUCCUGCACCAUUUUCAUCGUGGGAAUGGUGGGCAAUGCAACUCUACUACGAAUCAUUUACCAAAACAAGUGUAUGAGGAACGGCCCCAAUGCGCUCAUAGCCAGCCUGGCCCUUGGAGACCUUAUCUACGUGGUCAUUGACCUCCCCAUCAAUGUGUUUAAGCUGUUGGCAGGACGCUGGCCUUUCGACCACCAUGAGUUUGGAGUGUUUCUCUGCAAGCUGUUCCCGUUUUUGCAGAAGUCCUCAGUGGGCAUCACCGUCUUGAACCUCUGUGCUCUCAGUGUGGACAGGUACAGAGCAGUGGCUUCCUGGAGCCGAGUUCAAGGAAUUGGGAUCCCCUUGAUUACCGCCAUUGAAAUCGUCUCCAUCUGGAUUCUUUCCUUCAUCUUGGCCAUUCCGGAAGCAAUCGGCUUCGUCAUGGUUCCCUUCGAAUACAGGGGCGAGCUGCACAGGACCUGCAUGCUCAAUGCCACAUCCAAGUUCAUGGAGUUUUACCAAGAUGUGAAGGACUGGUGGCUCUUUGGGUUCUACUUCUGCAUGCCCUUGGUGUGCACAGCAAUCUUCUACACCCUCAUGACCUGUGAGAUGCUCAACAGGAGGAACGGCAGCUUGCGGAUUGCCCUUAGUGAGCACCUCAAACAGCGUCGAGAAGUGGCAAAGACCGUCUUCUGCUUGGUUGUCAUCUUCGCCCUGUGCUGGUUCCCUCUUCACUUAAGCCGCAUUUUGAAGAAAACUGUAUAUGAUGAGAUGGAUAAGAACCGGUGUGAACUGCUCAGCUUCUUGCUGCUAAUGGAUUACAUCGGCAUUAACCUGGCAACCAUGAAUUCUUGCAUAAACCCAAUAGCUCUAUAUUUUGUGAGCAAGAAAUUCAAAAAUUGUUUUCAGUCCUGCCUCUGUUGCUGUUGUCACCAGUCCAAAAGCCUCAUGACCUCGGUCCCCAUGAAUGGAACGAGUAUCCAGUGGAAGAACCAAGAGCAGAACAACCACAACACGGAACGGAGCAGCCACAAGGACAGCAUGAACUAACCCUCCACAGAAACACCGAGCCCUGUGCCUUCAAGUCCUAGGAUGGAAACAACAGUUACGCAGCAGCUGCGCUCCCAACACCUCCCAAGUCUCUCCCAUGCUCCUUUUCUAAGUCCAUCCUAGGGAAAGCUCUCCUGCCCUCCCAACACGUGGUGGACCGGUGCCAGCCAUAGCCAAGGGGUCUUUCCUGAGUACUGUAGAUGAUUUGCAUACUGCGAAUGUCAUUUCCAACACUUGAAAAUUAGAGCUGGGGGAGAAAGGAGAUGGUUCAAGGAAGCCACGUAGCUGCCGCCUUUGCAUGAACACAGAGUUUGCAAGUUCAUGACCAGCUUCCGUGCAGUUCUAUGGACCAGCCCAUGGGAACUGUUCAUCCUAAGAUUCUAGAGCAGUGAUUCUCAACCUUCCCAAUGCUGCAACCCCUUAAUACAGUUCUUCAUUUUCCAGUAGCCCCCAACCAUAAAAUUAGUUUUGUUGCUACUUCAAUUGUUAUGAAUUGUUCUAAUUAUCUGAUAUUUCUGAUAGUCUUAGCCUGCCCCUGUUAAAGAGUCAUUAGCCACUCACAAGUUGAGAACCACAGCCCUAGAAAUUCUGUUCAGUUGGAUGGCCCAUGGCUAUAAUCCUAGAAUUGGAGAGGUGAGGGAAGAUGAUCAGGUGUUCAAGGUUAGCCUCAUCUACAUAGUUCGGAAAAGCUGGGGCUACUUGUUCUCACAAGACGCAAACAGACAAAAAGUGUUUAAAAGUUACGGCAGAUUCAUUAUUAUUAUUAUUAUUAUCAUUAUCAUUAUUAUUUUAUAGCCAAACACAUUGUGUACUCUUUUGGAAAUGUCACGGAGUGUUGGUAUUUUAUAACUGCAUGGUACCCUAGAAAUGAUCGUUUCAUCUCCUAUCCAUGUACUUUGAAGAGGAAGAGGAGAGGAAGCGGAGGAGGGAAGGAACAGCAUCCAAUGAGGAAUUAGUUGUUUCUAUGGUACUUAUUUGUUUGGAAACCGUGAUGUCCAAAGCUGCUGCAGACACAGACACAGCACAGUAGCUUAACAGCUGCUAGCCAAAGAAUCUUUAAGAACCUGUAUUUUCUUUUUAUGUUGUUAUUUGGUUGGAUUUUGCUUGUUUAGUUGGAUUUGUUUUUCAAGGCAGGGUUUCUCUUUGUAGCCCUGGCUGUCCUGAAAUGUGUUUUGUAAAUCAGGCUGGCCUUGAACUCACAGAGAUCCUCCUGCUUCUGCCUCCCAAAAUACUACUAAUACUUGGGCGAGAUGGCACGUGCUCUGUGCUUCCCACUCGGCAUCUGGCGGCUGAGGCAGGGACGGGGACUGGGAGGCUGCCUGAACUAACUAGAGGGACUCAUCUCCAAAUAAUAAUAAUUAAUCAUAAUACCAUUAGGUCAUAUGGUUCUAAUUUUUCAUAAGCCCGGUCUUUUUUAAUGUACUUUUUAAAUGUAAAACCAUGUGCUGCAGCUUAAAUGUGUCACUAAAGUAUGCCUGAGACUCCCAGCCCCACGUCUGAAGCGUAUCUAGAAAAAAAGGCUGGGUGGCCUUGGAGGGCCUGGGCAUUUUCUACAAGUUUCACAAUAGUAGCACAUGUAUAAUACAUGUUUCCUUUGACACUCUCAGUUUCUCCUACAGUGAUGACUGGCUACAAGGCUUUCCUGCUCAUUCCUUUUUCCUGACAGGAAACAAUUUCACAGUGGCCAAGUGAGCUGAUUGUGUUAAGUGAGAUCUAGUUACAUGUGCCAUGAACCUUUAACUCUUUGCUCCUCUCUGAUUGUGAGACAAACUUAAAUUUCCAUCCUGUCCCCAACUCCUCAGUGGUCACUAUUUCAAAGGGCCCUGGUAACUCUACUGGGCAUUUUCCCAGAUGUUUACAGACUGUGAGAAUGACAAAUAUCUUUUAUUUUGUAUGUAUAUAAAUAUAUAAAUAAUUGUACAUUUCUUUUAGCCAA